AUGGACUUUGUCGAGCUGCCGUCGGCGGUCGCAAGGCCCCGUGCGUGUCCAGCCGCCCCGUCGCAAUGGACACCACCGCCUGCGGCGUCGUGGACGCGGGAGGAGAUCCACAUGAUCCAAGAGCUGUUCCUCUCGGAGGAGAACGUGAUUCAGAUUCGAGACAUUUCGAUCCACGACGGCAGUAGGCAGUCGCACGUGGAGCACGCGCUCGCUGUUUCGGUGGCACCAGAGCGUGGCAACACCACGAGUAUGCUGCUGUCCCCAAUUGAAGCGGACGACACGUUCUCGCAGCCGGUCGUGGUGGACGACGAGAAAGAGGCCACGACGGCCUUCUGCUUCGAAGCGAUUGACCCGUUCAAGACCGUUGCCAUGGCGCCGCCGGACCGAAUGGACGACAAGGCCAAGCGGGCCGUCUGGAGAGCGCCAUUCGGUGUCGCUCGUGCCAGCGAUGACCAGGCACUCGACCACGUGCUGGUUAAACUGCGUGCCAAAGUGGCGACGCUCGACCGCAUCUACUACUCGCGCUGCAUGAACGUCUCAAGUGCCGACGGUGUAUGCGUUCACAAGAUGAAGCUCUUGCUCGCUACGCAGCGACUCGAGCGUGUCAUCCAGGGUCUGUCGCAAGAAAACGGCCGACUCAAGACCGACGCGUCGAGUUACGCUCAGCGCUGUGCCUCGCUCUUGCACAAGAGCAGCAAGAGUGGCGUCGAGCUACAGCAGCUGUGCCAGUCGAUUGGAGAGCCAGUCUGUGCUGUGGCCGUGAGUGAAGGCAUGACCACGGCGCUCCAUUGCUCGAUGGACGGCCAAGUGCUCCGCGAUCAACACGACCAGAACGGAUGGCGGUACAAGAGCCUCGUGACGCGGGACAACUUGUUUACGUACAACUUGUCGAAAGAGUAUGCAAAGGACGUGGACAUGCACGAGGUGAUGCAAAAGUCGUGGGAGCACGCGUACAACGCCAAGCGCUUAUCGAGUAUCUACUACGGCUCUAUCCACGUGCGUCUGGUCAAGCAAGUGGAGAAGAAGGCCAUUGUGAUCUACGACGUGGCCAACCACGACGCCACGCGCGUCGACCGCGUCGUUGCGGUGCUGUUUCGAGCCCAGAUGGCGAACGGGUUCCUCUUGGGGGUGCGCUCCAUCAACGCACCUCCAACGACUGCGUCCGAUGGCGUCCGCCCGAUGGACUGUACCCUGUGGCAGCGCUACGAGCGCAAGAAAGAUGGCGGGUUCACCUUCACAUCCGGUGGCCGCUUGUCGUAUUCGUCACGGGCAGACGUCGAGUUCAUGGCUGUCGAGAUCCAGUGUCUGCACUUGCGGUGGGAGAAUCGCGUACUGGGCAGCGCGCAGCUGCAACUGUAA